UAUGUCGCAUUCGAAAGGUCGAUGAGAUAUUAUCGAUUGCUCAUUGAAUUAUCGUAAGGUUCUUCGUGUAAGUUGUGUGGUCCUUCCGGUGUAAAUCAGUAAUGUGAGCCAGCUGCGAGGUGCUAGCAUAAAAAGGCCUUCUAGGCAUCCACAAUCAGUAAAUUGCAGCAGGCACCAACAUGGUGACUGUUCUUGAGAAGUGCCGCAUUUCACCACCACAAGAUCACUCUGUUGCCGAAAACCUUUUACCCCUCACGUUUUUUGACCUAGUAUGGCAAAACUGGCCCUCUCUUAGCCGUGUUUACUUCUAUGAUUUCCCCUGUUCUACCAGUGAGUUGAGGCAAACACUUGUUCCGCGUCUUAAGAAAUCGCUAGCCUCAACUCUCGAACACUAUUUUCCCUUCUGUGGUAAUUUGAUAAUUCCCACAACUUUUUCUGAUAACGCAACUGCUGCACUUCGUUACUUGAAAAAUGACUCUGUUUCGUUGACAAUAGCUGAGUUUAGUGGCACAAGCUCCGCAGGGUUUGAGCAUCUAUCUGCAGAUCAUGCUCGCGAUGUUAAUGAGUUGUUUUCUCUUAUUCCUGAACUCCCGCCAGGUGAUACUGAUCAUGCAUCUCCGGUUUUAUCUAUUCAGGUGACGUUGUUUCCGGGCCAGGGAUUCAGCAUUGGAUUCAGAAACUCCCAUCUGGUUGCUGAUGGAAGAACCAUGUUCAACUUUAUAGCGACAUGGGCUUCUAUUAAUGCUAAGCAGCUUAAAAGUGAGGAUGACUUUGACACUAUAAAGACUCUCCCGUUUUAUGACAGGAGCGUGAUCAAAGACGCGAAGGGAAUGACUUCAAAUUUCCUGAAAAUUGGUUUACAAAUCGCACAGCAAAUUUCGAAGGCUUCUGGUCCUGCAACACAUGAAUUAGAUCUUGUUCAAGAAACAGUACCGAUGAAUCGAGCGCCCAAAUCCAAGGGCUCAAAGACUUGGUGCUGGCCGAGUUACCAUACGUGUCAACUUUCGUAGUUGUGUGUGCCUAUGUAUGGACUUGCAUGGCUAAGGCAAGCAUUGUUCUCGCAAAUGAAAUUGAUGAUGAAAACGAAGUUUUGGAACAUAUGAUUAUAGCUAUAGACACCAGGGCUCGUCUGGAUCCGCCAAUUCCUUCAAAUUAUUUUGGAAAUGCGGUUUCUCCUUGUAAGAUCACGUUAAAUCUGAGCCGAUUGAGAGGCCAAGAAGGCUUCGUAUAUGCUGCUAAAGAAAUAAAAGAGGCUCUUCAUGAACAGAUAAACAACGACGAGGGAGUGUUGAGAGGGCUUGAUACGAUUUUUGAUGAUAUAGAAGCGAUGAAAGGGCAGAAAAUCUUUGGCGUUGCUGGAUCUCCUAAGCUCGACUACUACAGCACAGAUUUUGGAUUCGGGAAGCCGAAAAAAUAUGAAGUUGUUUCGGAGAAGUUCUCACUUGCUGCAUCCAGGGAUUCAAGCGGUGGCCUAGAACUCGGAUUUGCCUUUUCCAAAAAUGAGAUGGAUGCUUUUACUUCUGUGUUUACCCAAGGACUAAUCAAGUGACUCUACCGCGAGAAAAAUAAAUAUUUAUGUCUUUGUUUUCUUCUAUUUCCUGUCAUGUUUGAAUACUUCAGGAUAUAGAUGGAGUACUCUUUCUCUAGGUUUGUAUUUGAUUUUCUGUUUGAUGGCCGCAGGAUUUCUGUUAUGUUUCCGUAGCCGUCAUAUCUGAGUGAGUGGGUGUGUUUGUGGGUAUUUCUUUCUUUUUUUUUUUUUUGCCGUUAUCCUUUAAUCGGGUGUCUAUCUCCUCUAUUUAUACUGUUAGAGCUGGGUGCUUAGGAGGGGAUGUAAUCGAGGUGCUGAGCAGGCUACUCUAGGUGCUAGGUUGAUGAGGAGGAGAAGCUACUAUUGGGCAGGUGGAGGUUAUCCCGGGUUUUCGGGGGUGACAAGGCAAGGGGGUGACGACAUGUGUCCAGGUGCUCCAAAGGUGGCGAGCUGGGUGCUUACAAGGCGUUCUGUUGCUCAUUCGAGCGGAGCCUUCGGCGCGGGGAAGGGUGUAACCCCUACGGAACGGGCAGACGCUGUUGGGGCCUGUUGGUCUUGCGGGCACCGUAGGGUACCUGCGGUCUAAAACGCUAUCAGAUGCCCCUCGGAUGGGGAGGUGUCCUCUUUAGGGGCCCGGAGGCAUCCGAUUCUUCCGAAUACAUUUUAUUUUUUGAAUGAAGAGGAGAAAUGGCGGUUCUCUUUCUCUGGUAGUGGUGGGUCCCGCCUUAAUAGUCAUAAUUGGUAGUUUAUCAAAAGUAGUGCCCACUACCUUUGCCUUAACUAUAUGUAUAGGUGUGUCUCUUAAUUUUUACUUCCGUCUCUUUUUCAACAGAGUGUUUCCUUGAGAGAGGUGGGAGCAAGAAGGCGAAGCGGCGUUUUCUCUUUUCCGGCGUACUCAGUUGUCCAUUUGCAGUACUGCUGAAAAACAUUCCCAUGUCAACUAUCGACAAGGCAAGGGCUCUAUACCUGGCUAGGACAAGGGCUAUAAAGAAGAAAGAGGGCGAAGAUGCUAGCGGGACCGUUGCGGCCUCGGCUGGCUCGAUAAAAGGAGGGGAAGCCAUGGCAGCCCCUAAUGCAGAGGUAAUCUCAGCCCGUAGGGCUUCUAAGCGGGGGUCGGAGAAUGCAAAGGAAGAUAGGACCCCUAAAAAGGCAAAGACUGUGGAAAAACUUCCGGUUCAAGUUCUAGAACUGUCAGAUGAGGAGAAGGAUGCAGCUCUCCUAGAAGAGCUUACGAGGGCUAGAGGCAUUCCUACGGAGAUCGGGGGUUUUGUCUCAUCCGGUUCAGGACUGGUCCCCCACGGUCCUCCUGCUUCGGCUGCGGGAGUCGUAGGCUACUCCCUCGCCCAGUUCCAGGCCGGAAGGGGGUGGUUAGGUAGCCCUGCGGAUGGGAUUGCCCCACUAGAGGCCCUAAACAUUUUCUCCUUGUCCCCGGACAAAGAGCGAAUGGCUGCAGAGGGUGACGAGGAGCUAUUGGGCGCUGCUCAAGAGGCCCUGGGUCAGUUGGGAACUAGGGUGAUGGGCUUGGUGGAGAGGACCAGGCAAAAGAUGCUCUUGAUCAAAACCGAACGCCAAGAUAGGAACAAAGAGAGGUCCAGUAGGAGGGAGGCAGAAAAAACUUUGGGGGAGGUAAGAAAAGAGUUGGAGACCUUGCAAGAAGAGUCAAAACGGCGCGAGGCGGAUUUGUCUAAGGCCCGUGAAGAUCUGGAAGUGGAGCAGGGGAUAUCAGAAAGUAUUCGAUUGGAAGUUGAGAGGAUGAGUGGCUUGGUUGUGAAGAAAGACGAGGAGCUUCAACGGGCAAAAGAGGAAUUGAGGAACAUCACCGAGACUCUGGAGAGAACGGAGAAGGAGGUCAACAUUACCUACCAGGAUUGCGUGGAGAAAUACAAAAAAUCACAAGAUUUUAAAGAUGAGGUGGCUGCAGGGGCUGGUUCUUUCCAUGCGAUCGGCUUCCAGGACUGUUUGGACUUCAUAGGCGUGGGGAACAUGGUAGACCCAGAGAAGCAUUCGGUGGAAAAGUUCCAAGACCUCCACCUGGAAGGGUAUGAGCCGGAUCCCGUAGAGACCGGUGAUGAAGGAUUUGACCCGGAAGCCGAACUGGCUCUUGGAAGGGGCGUGAUAGGAGGAGUGGCUGAGGCUAAUCCGGAAGGUGGACCAACCCUUCCUGAAGGGGGGGAGACAAACCCGAAGGCUCAGCCCGAAGGGGGGUCCUCCGUUCAUCCGCAGGGUGACGGCUCUAUCCUUCCGGAAAAGGAGGUUUGAGGGGGGUCUCUGCCGUAGGGCUUCUUUUGGUGCACGUAGAGAGAGUGUUCAUCGCCAGCCCUAGUUGGUGAACAUUUUGAAUUUUGACUUGUAAUGUUUUUAAUUUUCGUUAAGCUGGGUGGAUACUGUGGCCUUUUGUUAGCUUCAAUUGACAUAAUGACUGUUAAUGUUCGCUCUAUAUUACUUGUUUGAUGUAGCAUUCGGAUCAUUAUUUUUGUCGAAAAUAUUUCUUUAUCGAUUGUCACUCUCGCAAAUUACUAAAAAGAAAAAGGGAAAACCAUUAUUUGGGAAGUGUGGUUGACCGUAUUUGAGUCAGUAUGGAGCUCUAAAUGUGGCCGUUUCCCGAGUGAGGGAAGGUGAAGGGUCUGGCCCUUUAGAAUUCUGGCUGGACUUGGGAGCAUUUAUAUAUAGGAAGGGGGUUUUCUUUUUUACCUAAAGUCUGUUCAUCUCUUCCCUUAUUAUCAUUCUCGGUUCAUCUUAGGUAAUUUUAUAGUGUUCUUGUCGUGAAAUAUUUUGCUUAUGACGGUGAGAUCAUUACACAGUUUUAACUUUAUAGUGAAAUUGCAGGUGUUAAUGGCUAGUGAUUCUGGGAAGUCGCAACUAAAGGCGAAACAUCCGGAUCGGAUUGAGGCCGAGGCAAUUGUAGCACAGAUGGUUGCUGAAACCCCAGGGGGCGUCUUGAAGAUUGUGAAAGAAUUAUUAUGUAAGGACCUGUUGGAGAAGUUAGCGAGAAAGAGGGAGAAGAUCCGUCAGCAGAGGGAACGGCUUAUAGACUUGGAGGUGCAGGUGGAGGAGUUGGAGGAGGCUGUCCACGAAGCUUGGGAGGACAAUGAUAGUCUCCGAAGGGAUUUAGGGGUUGGGCCUGAAUAUUGAUGGGUUUUUUUUUUUUUUGUUUUUUUUUUCUCUGUAUUUAAAGUUACCAGUCUUUCAUGAUUCAAAAAUAUUCCCCUUUCUUAUGGGUGUACCUGGGACAAACUAUUUGAAUGAUCAAUGUUUCGGUUUGGAUUGGUUACCUUGCAUAUGUAUUUUGUUCAAUAAGCACCAUUUGACUUUUCGAAAUUGUUUAAUGUGGACAAUCCUUGUCAGUUGUUAAGUAUUGAUUAACAGAGGGACUCAAAGAGUUAGGGGGAGGAUGCUGGGAGAGAGACGUGAUCGUGCUGCAAAGGCCAUGAGGGCACAUAUGCUGUUGUAGGAUAGCUCACGGUCGUGAUUAAUAGGCCUUACGUGCUGUCGUGGGGGAACACAAUCUAGGGCGUGGGGCCGAACGGUCUGCAAUUGUGGCCCCUAACCCUUAGCAGCAACCCUUUGGCUGUGUAUAUCGGCCCGGGGUACCGUGUCCCGUAAGUGCAGUCCUUAGGCUAUAUAUAUAGGCACAUGAUAAUAUGUUCCGUAGCCGUAGCCCUUAAGCUACAUAUGUUGGCGUAGGAUAAUUUGUUCCGUAGCCGUAGCCCUUAAGCUACAUAUGUCGGCGUAGGAUAAUUUGUUCCGUAGCCGUAGCCCUUAAGCUACAUAUGUUGGCGUAGGAUAAUUUGUUCCGUAGCCGUAGCCCUUAAGCUACAUAUGUUGGCGUAGGGUAAUUUGUUCCGUAGCCGUAGCCCUUAAGCUACAUAUAUUGGCGUAGGAUAAUUGUGUUCGACAAUAUAAAAGAGGACGUUUGAGACAGGAAAAGUUGUAUAUACAUACAUAUGGCCUUUAACAUGUUUACAGACCAAGAGUAACUGAAACACAACAGGAAACACACAUCUUAGGGGACAUUAGAACAGCGAUACUUUACGGAAAGAACCGCUUCAGGUGGGUGGCGUGCCAAGUAUUCGGUAUAGGUUCGCCAUUGAGGCUAGUGAGGUGGUAUGAGCCAGGUCGUGUACAGUGAUGCACGAGGUAAGGGCCUUCCCACGUGGGGUCAAGUUUCUUGUUGUGCGUCGGGUCAGAGGCUUCCGUGGAUCUGAGUACUUGGUCUCCGGGUUGAAAACUCCGGGGGCAAACUUUCCCGAAAUACUUCGCAGUUUUUUGUUUGUACUGGGCCAUCCGAAUUACCGCGUUUUCUCUAGUUUCCUCCAAGAGGUCCAGGUUCGCCCUUAGGCCCGUUUCAUUGCCUUCGGGUUCGUAGUGCAAUACUCGGAGGGAAGGUUGGCCAAGUUCUACGGGAAUUAGGGCCUCCACCCCAUACGUGAGGCGGAAGGGGCUCUCACCCGUAGGUUUCCUGGUGUCAGUUCGGUAAGCCCAGAGUAUGUUGGGGAGCUCUUCAGCCCAGAGACUUUUGCUAUCUUCUAAGUUCUUCUUGAGGAUCCUUAAGAGGCUGCGGUUGGUCACCUCAACUUGCCCGUUGGACUGCGGGUACGCCACCGAGGAUCUUUUGUGUUGUAUGUUGUACGAGGUGAGAUAGUCCUCAAAACCAGAAUCCACAAACUGUUUCCCGUUAUCUGUAAUCAGGACCCUAGGGAUCCCAAAGCGUGUCAGGAUCAUAUCGUGGAAGAACUUUCUGCAAGUUGCGGCAGUGAUAUGGGCCACGGCCUUCGCCUCCACCCAUUUGGUCAUGUAGUCUACAGCCACAAGGAGGAAUCUUAGGGAUCCUUUGGCUCGAGGAAGAGGCCCAACGAUAUCCAAACCCCAUGUAUCGAAGGGGAUGGGAGACAGGAUAGAGGAAGGCAAAGUCGGGGGUAGUCUCGGCACGGGGGAGUAGAGCUGGCACUUAAGGCAGUUCUUGGCGUAUUCCAGACAAUCCUGUCGUAAGGUAGGCCAAAAAUAGCCAUAUCUCAACACUUUGUGGGCUAACGCCUCCCCUGAGGAAUGGCUCCCGCAGAUCCCCUCGUGGAUUUCUAGCAUGCAGUACUCAGUUUCCGGGAUGUCGACACACUUGAGGAGGGGGGCUGAAAAGGACCUUCGGUAUAGUUCUCCAUCGACCAGGGUGUAAUGGGCAGCCUUAGUUCUCAGGACCCUAGCAGACCCCCGAUCUUCCGGUAGGACCCCGGUGGAAAGGUAACAGAUCAGAGGGGUCAUCCAGUUGGGCCCGUAGGCAGUUACAGCGAGGGACUCGUUCUCUUCCGAAGGUAGUCGUACCGAGGGUGAUGGUAAGCAGGUGUGAUAUACCGUGGCUUCCAAGGAGAUCUCCGUUCCCGUGGCCAUUCUGGCCAACGCGUCCGCAGCGGAGUUUUCACUCCGAGGAAUGCCCUCUAAAGAUGCUACUUUGAACUGCAAUAGCAUCCUCCGAGCUUCUUCCAGAUAUCUGGCCAAAAGAGGAGCUUUGGUGGAAAAGUUUCCCAAGACCUGAUUUACCACUAGCUGAGAAUCACUAUAUACCCUUAGGUGAUCUACCUGGAGAGUCUUGGCUAGCCUCAGUCCAGCUAGUAAUGCUUCAUACUCGGCGCAGUUAUUGGUAGUCUUAAAGGUAAAGCAGAUAGACUGUUGGAUGAGAAAACCUUCCGGGCUGGUGAGGACUACCCCUGCCCCACUGUUCUCGGAAGUCGAAGAGCCAUCUACAAACAAGAUCCAGGGUGGCGGGACGCUUUGGAGAACGAGGGAGUUGUCAUCGGGGUCUGACUGGCCUUCAGGGGAGUAGCACUCUACCAAGAAGUCUGCUAAGGCCUGUCCUUUAACGGCGGUUCGUGGCUGGAAUUGGACAUUGUACUGGCUGAGUUCAAUGGCCCACUUAGCCAUCCUGCCCGAAAGAUCCGGUUUCCUAAGAAUCGUCCGUAAGGGGUAGUUGGUCUGGACCCGGAUGUCAUGCCCCUGGAAAUAAGAUCUCAGCUUACGGCUGGCCAACAGUAGGGAGUAGGCAACUUUCUCAGUGACGGAGUAGCGAAUUUCAGCUCCUCUCAAUACCCGACUUACGUAGUAUACUGGCAACUGUUUCCCUUUGUCUUCUCUUAUUAGGCAAGCGCUUACAGCUUCAUUGGCCACAGCAAGGUACAACAAUAGGGGUUCCCCUGUAAGGGGCUGAGAUAGAACCGGAGGGGAGACAAGGUAGGAUUUUAGGGACUCGAAUGCUUCUUGGCAUUUUGGCGUCCAAUUAAUGACCCCAUUCUUGCUCACCCCUUUCAAAGUUUCAAAGAAAGGAAGGCUCCUUUCGGCCAGUCUGGAUAUGAAGCGCCGAAGGGAGGUGAGGCAGCCAUUCAGGGAUUGCAUUUGCUUGGUUGUGGCGGGGGGCGUCAUGUUGAGGAUUGCCUCGGCUUUGUCGGGGUUGACCUCGACACCCUUUUGGCUGACGAAAUGCCCCAAGAACUUUCCACUAGCCACCCCAAAGGUGCACUUUAGCGGGUUCAGCUUUAGCUUGGAGGUCCUCAGAUUCUCCAAGGUUUCUUUGAGGUCCUCGAGAUGUUUCCCCUUUUCUCGGGACUUUACGAUUACAUCAUCCACGUAAACCUCCAGGUUCCUUCCGAUUUGGGGGGAAAAUAUCUUGUUCAUGGCUCUCUGGUAUGUGGCUCCAGCAUUCAUUAGUCCCAUAGGAACAACCCGGUAGGCGUAGACGGCUCGGUGGGUGAUGAAAGAAGUCUUCGGCUGAUCUUCUUCAGCUAACCUUAUUUGGUUAUAACCCGAGAAAGCAUCCAGGAAACUAAAAAGGCUACAUCCGGCGGUAGCAUCUAUGAGUUGAUCUAUCACCGGGAGAGGGUAGUAAUCCUUGGGAGUAGCCUUAUUAAGAUCAGUAUAAUCGAUACAGACUCUCCAUUUCCCCGUAGACUUCUUCACUAAUACUACAUUGGCUAUCCACUCUGGGAAUUGGAUCUCAUAGAUGAAGUGGGCUUUUAAUAGUUUGCUGAUCUCAGAUUCUAUGGCUUCUUGUCUUUCAGGGGCAAAAUUCCUUCUUUUUUGGAUGACAGGCUUGCACUCGGGUCGGAUGUGUAGUCGAUGUAAAGCAAUCUCUUCAUCCAAACCGGGCAUGUCCUCAGGCCCCCAAGCGAACACGUCGCUGUAGCUUCGCAACAAUUCCACAAGUUUUGAUCUCAGGGGUUCUUCCAGCAGAGAGCCUAUAAGAACUACCCUGGAGGGAUCUUGAUUCAAUAACGGUAUAGCUUCGGUGGGUUCUCCAGGUAUGGCUUUAAUCAUCCGACCCCAACGGCCUUGUUCUUCGGGUUCAAAAGGGCUUCCGGGAAGGCCCUCUAUCGUAAGUACCUUGUCCGCGUCGGAGCGGGUAGCUCUCGGACUACUCCCAGAGUCAUGGCCUUGUUUAGGCUCUCCAUAAUUCUUUCUCUUCUUCGGGUUGGUUUGGGCUAAGCUUAUGGAGGCGGAGUAGCACGAUCUCGAUGCCCAACGAUCCGAGACCAAUUCUCCGGGGCCUUCCCCUGUGGGAAACUUGACUUUCAUGUGGGGGGAUGAGAUAAUUGCUUCAAGAUAGAACAGUGUAGGGCGACCUAUAAUCACAUUGUAGGAUGACGCGAUGUCGAUGAUGUAGUACCUGACGAGAGCGGUUAUUUCUUUUGGGAAAGUCCCAAAAGUGGUGGGUAGCUCGAUGACUCCUUGUAUGGGCACAGCAUUAUUACCGAAGCCGUAGAGAGGGCCUCGGAGAUCCUGUGCAUUCCUUUCUUCGAUACGGUCUUCCAGGAUCAUUCUCCGCAGAGUAUGUUUGAAGAUGAUGUCUGCAGAUGACCCGUUGUCUAUGAGUACUUUCUUGACAUCUUGCCCCGAGAUAUCUAGUUGGACCGUGAGGGGUCCUGAGCAACACUCGUCCCCAGGCGGGUAAUCCUCGUCAGUAAACGUGAUUGGGAUGUUGGGGAACCGGAAAGCAGGGGCAGCUCUGUCUACGUGCAACACUUGCACGAGGCUCCCUGUAGGAAAAUCGCCUCCCGCUAUCAUGUUGACUACGUGUCUCGGGGGCGCCCCUAAAGCCAAUUGAGGGUUAGGGGCAGCCGGUUCAAUCCGGGGGCGCUGCAAAUAGUCUCCCAGCAGGUCCUUUUUGACCAAGGAUUCCAGAAAAUGCUUCAAGGAUAUACACUGAUCGGUGUGGUGACCCACACUAGCGUGGUAAUGACAGUACCUAGACUGGUCUCUUUUGUCUGUUGGGGUUCUCAUGGGCUGUGGGGCUCGGAAGAAGUCCCUUCUCCUGAUUUCCUCCAGAAUGGUGGAAGGGUUCUUUAUGAGGGGGGUAAAGUUUGGUUCUUCCCUUGUGGGACGAAGUGGAGCCCUACGGUCUCGGGGGAAGCCCCCUGGACCCUUCCCCCGAAAAUCCUCCAUUUCUUCGACUAUUAAGGUCUUUUGUCCAGAUCCGGAAGCUUCUCCCCGCGAACUGGGGUAAUAGGCUCGGAUUCUCUCAUCUGUUGCGAUGUAUGAGGAGGCGAUACUGUAAGCCUCGUAUAGAUCCGUAGGCUCUCUGUUGCAUAGUUCUUUGCAGCACUCCUUACAUUCUUCAUAGUUCAUAUUCCGAAUGAAUGAGUCCACCGCAAUAACAGGGCGGAGGUCUCGGACUUUCGAGGCAGCCGUCUUGAACCUUUCGAUGUAGCUACGCAACGACUCGCCUCGAGUCUGCUUCACAUUUUCUAGAGACACCGUAUGCACCGCCUGGGGGAUGUUUAUUCGGAAUUUGGCCAGGAAUACAGUCUUAAACUCUCCCCAGGAAUGGAUGUUCCGCGGGGGUAAACAAGAAAACCAGGUCCUGGCGUAAGCCUUGAAAGUAGAGACGAACAAGCGGCAACAGGUGAUGUCAUUGUAUCGGUGGCAGACCAUCAGGUUCUCAUAAUAGCUUAGAUGGUCGUUGGGAUCAGACGUGCCAUCGUAAGAUUCCAGCCCAGUAAUCUUUACUCCAGCGUUUACCGGGGCGGCCUCUAGGGCUUCGGAAAACGGGGAAACGGCUCCGGUGGGCACCGUGGCGGGUGCUAUCAGAGUCCCCUCCAAUCGGGCUAUCCUAGCGGCUAUGUCAUCUGGAGCGAUUACGGGCCUCUCAGGAUCGUAAGGCAAGUGUUCUGGGGGGGGGGAACAUACCUCCACCGAGCAGGAGAGCGAGAUCUCGGUCUGUCCUCCGGGACCCUUCCCCCUCUUUCGGGCUGAGGCCUUCUGUCAUAGGGACCUCUUCGACUUAUGUCCCUGGACCGUGCGGAACCGUGUGACCCUGAGGAGUGUGAGUCUUCGCGCCUAAGCCUCUCUUGACUGGAGUUUGAACUCUGACGAGAUCGCCUUCCCGGGGGAGUGGGUUCAUCGUAAUAUAGAGGAGAGCCCGGGUGGUAUGAGUCAUAAGGUUCGUCGGGGUAAACAGGCGGAGGGGGACCGCCGUAAUAAUCUCCUGCCAAUUGAGCCGCAAGUCUGUCAACUUGGUCUUGCAUCUGCUGUUGUUGGGCAUAGAGGUGGGAAAGCUGGCUGUGGUCCCAAGAGGGAUGAGAAGAAGUAAAGGACGAUUGGGAGGAGGAAGAGGAACUGUUCGUCCCACUGUCCAUAACUGCGUUUAUCUCGUCUGGUGGUCUGGAUUUUCCAAAGUAAAGGAAAAAGAAAGGAGCGUCUGGUCGUUGUGGUAGGGUGGUGAGUAGUUUUAUCCCCGGCAGCGGCGCCAAAUGAUGGCCGCAGGAUUUCUGUUAUGUUUCCGUAGCCGUCAUAUCUGAGUGAGUGGGUGUGUUUGUGGGUAUUUCUUUUUUUUUUUUUUUUGCCGUUAUCCUUUAAUCGGGUGUCUAUCUCCUCUAUUUAUACUGUUAGAGCUGGGUGCUUAGGAGGGGAUGUAAUCGAGGUGCUGAGCAGGCUACUCUAGGUGCUAGGUUGAUGAGGAGGAGAAGCUACUAUUGGGCAGGUGGAGGUUAUCCCGGGUUUUCGGGGGUGACAAGGCAAGGGGGUGACGACAUGUGUCCAGGUGCUCCAAAGGUGGCGAGCUGGGUGCUUACAAGGCGUUCUGUUGCUCAUUCGAACGGAGCCUUCGGCGCGGGGAAGGGUGUAACCCCUACGGAACGGGCAGACGCUGUUGGGGCCUGUUGGUCUUGCGGGCACCGUAGGGUACCUGCGGUCUAAAACGCUAUCACUGUUUUAUCAAUAUUUAAACUAAUGUUGUAUCACUUUUAGAAUGUGAUUACUAUAUUUUUAUAAUUUCGACGAUAUUACUCCAAAAUACGUGGUUUCGACGGAAUUUGGUUCAAGGUGGGUAUAGUCACACAGUUCAUGUUCAAGAGAACUAUUAAACAGAGAAUUGAUAGAACCCUUACCUUAUUUCUAAUAUUAGUUUGGGUUCUGCAGCAGAACUUACAUGUAUUAUAUUUUAAAAUCAAUAUACUUAUAUAAAAGAGAAGCGAGGGACGUGUAGGUGGCGCCUCUCACAUCGCUCCGUUCUAUUUUUCUAAUUUUCCGGAAUUUUUGAAUGAAAAAUAUCAAAAAAUUAGUUUUAUCUUUUUUAAUUUCGGAUAUAUUAGAAGCAAGUUUCAGAAUCUGAUUUUCUUUCAAAUUUUUUAUGGAAUAUAGUAGUUUGCAAGUUUCAGAAUAUAAUUUUCUUUCAGAUUAUUUAUGGAAUAUAGUAGCUUGAAAGUUUUAAUCUGAUUUUGUUUUUAUAUGAAGGAGAAGCGAGAGACAUGUAGGUGGCGCCUCUCACAUCGCUCCGUUCUAUUUUUCUAAUUUACUGGAAUUUUCGGAUGGAAAAUUAUCAAAAAUUAGAACUACUUUUUUUAGUUUCAGAUAUAUUAAAAUAUGAUUUUGUUUCAGAUUAUUUAUGAAAUAUGACAGCUUGAAAGUUUUAAUCUGAUUUUGUUUCAGAUUAUUUAAUUAUGGGAAAGAGUAGCACACAAGUCUUUCUGCACCCAUAAACACCCUUAUAGGUUGUAGGGUUUUGGAUCAUCUAACCACAAACUACUCUCUCUCAAUACCACAACCCUACCUCUCUCUGGUGAUAGUUUUUUUGCUCGAUUUCUAACUCGGUGGUGCCGUUCUUCUGCAACGAUAAGUGAAGGUUGUUUAUACGGUAUUAUAAAAAUAAAAGUUGUUGCAUGGGAGACUACAAAUCCAGACACGGGAGAAAAAUAUAGUCUUGACAUGAUAUUGAUGGAUGAUAUCAAUAAAUUAACUAUUAGUGAUGUAUAUUUGUUGGUUAUUCUUUUAUAAUAUUUGCUUUGUUCAUCGGACAUGUUUGUUUUUGUUAAUUUUUAUAUGAUUUACUUUGUACACAGGAAAAUAUUAUUCAUGCAUUAUCUGUUUGCUCCGUUUAAGAAACUUUUAAGUGAAGAUUGUUCAUACAGUAUUAUUGUUACAAGCAAAGGUAGUUAUAGACCGCUAUCUCACGGAUUUAAGUUAGAUGUUUUUGUACACAAUCAAUCCAAAAAAAAUAGAGGAAGGUGACAAUGUAAGAACAUAAUUACUUUUUAACAAAAACA